CAAAAAUAAAAGAAGCCAAGAACUGAAAAUGGCUCCGGGAAGAAUAUGCAGCAGAGACAGCUUGAUCUUGACGGCGAUGGUGUUAACCGAGUUUUCCAACGUCGGAGUAAACACUCUGGUCAAAUCAGUGACUUCCAAAGGACUUAGCCCAUUUGUGGUUCUCGUCUACUCUUACACUUUUGGAUCUCUUCUUCUUCUUCCUCUUGCCUUCUUCUCCUUCAGAUCAAGAUCUCUUCCUCCGUUGACUUCUUCAAUACUUUGCAAAAUGGGACUUCUUGGUCUAGUUACGAGUGCAUUCCAAAUUGCAGGGUACAAUGGAAUAAAAUACAGCUCGCCUACUUUAUCGUCGGCAAUGAGCAAUGUCAAUCCUGCGUUUACCUUCAUCCUCGCCGUUAUUUUCCGAAUGGAGAAAAUAUCUAUAAGAAAAGAGAGUAGUGUAGCCAAAGUGUUGGGAACAAUAGUGUCUAUAAUUGGUGCACUUGUGGUUACUCUCUACCACGGUCCAAUGCUUAUGUCUUCACAUUCCGAUUGGGUGAUUGGAGGUGGCCUUCUUGCUCUCCAAUACAUCCUUGUCUCCAUAUCUUACCUUGUUAUGGCACACACAAUGAGUCGAUAUCCAUCUGCGGUCGUUGUAACGCUCGUGCACAAUGUUUUCAUCCUUGUUGUGUGUGCAUUCGUUAGUCUUUUGGUAGAGAAAGAUGACUCGAAGGCAUGGAUCAUUAGAUUUGACAUAACCUUGACUAGCGUUGUAGCAACGGGGGUUUUGAAUUCGGGAUACUAUAUUAUACAUACGUGGGCCGUGAGUCACAAGGGACCGGUGUAUUUGUCAAUGUUCAAACCGUUAUCUAUAUUGAUCGCAGCCGCAUCAACCACCAUUUUCCUCAGCGAGUCGAUCUACCUUGGACUUUUGAUAGGAGGAAUAUUGAUAUCAGUAGGAUUUUACAUGGUCUUGUGGGGGAAAGCCAAGGAAGACAAAGUGGACAUAUUAGUAACCGCCAUAGAGUCGUCUCCUUCACAUAAAGCCCCUCUCUUGGGUAACUAAAAGCUAAUAACUAUAUGUAUUCUUUAUACAAACAGAGAUUAUUAUUUUUAACUAAAACAACAAAGCAUACUCCUACUAUCUCCAUUUUUCUAUCUUCUUCUUUCCUUAGAUAUUGCAUUCGAUUAGUCCUGUAAAAUAAGAAUAUGUAUACAAAAAAAUAUUGACCAUUUGGUUUGGU